UGCUGAGGCCCCCGGGGCCACUAGCUGAUCUCCCAAACAUGGCGACGACGGUUUCAACGAUGGCAGCGAUUGGAUAAUGGCUGGAAUGUAGACUGUCGAGUUGGGUGGAUCGAACUGCUCAGGAAGGAAUGAAUGUCGACUCGGUGGGCGUGUGUUUAAUGUUUCUUCUGCCCCACGAAAAUAGAGAGCUCCAAAGGUCGGGUCGUCGCAAGUUGGUUGACCGUUGCACUGUGCGAUUGUUGACCUCUGCCGCCGCGCAGCAACCAAAAAAAAGAAGCUUGGGCCCCGUCGCGCUUGAGCCGCGCAGAAGCUCCAUUCGCGCCUCACCGCCUGCCUAAAAAGGUGUACCUCACCGGCCCAUUAGCUAAUGCUCCAAACAACCUUCUUUGGCCAUCUCUUGUUUUUGCUUCUUUGACAAAACUGCAACUUUGCUGAACACAACCUAGUCAACAUGUCUUCAUCACAGCCCCCCAUGGAUAUCGACGAGGAUGAGGACUUUUAUGGUGACUCCGAUCAGGAGGCCACCCCCGCGACCACCACCACUGCCCAACCUGCUGCGACUGCUGCUGCUCCCCCAGCCGCCCCCAAGAACGACAGCAACUCCGAUCUAGAGGAAGGCGAAGAGGAAGACGAAGGCGGCGAGAUGGACGAGGACGAGGAUAGUGACAUCGACAUCAUCACCGAGAGAAAAGACAACUCCCAGCCCGCCCCUCCACCACAAUCCAAAUACAGCGAGAUCCGAAAUAUUCCCCAACGAUCAACAACCGCCCCCGAAGGCGCCCCCCCAAAACAAUACCCCUCCGUCCCCCGCGAGGAGUCCCGCCAGCAACAACAGACCGAGCUACCCCCUGUGUCAACCUCCAAGAUCGAUGUCAACGCCAUCCCGAUCCACAAGCCCACUGGCAAGCCCCUCACACAAGUAAACAUCGACGAAGACCUCCCAGACAACGACAAGCCCUGGCGCAAACCGGGCACCGAUCUGUCGGAUUACUUCAACUACGGCUUUGACGAGUUCACCUGGGCUCUCUAUGCCCAAAAGCAGGAGGCCAUGCGCGGGGAGUAUAACCAGGAUGCUAUCGCUCAGAACAACACAAAGAUGAUGGAAGAGAUGACCAAGAUGAUGAUGAUGGGCGGCAUGAUGCCUGGUGCUGGUGGGCCAGGCGGACCGGGGAUGGGUGUUCCUGGCGGUGGUCCUCAAAUGCAGGGGAUGGAUGGUAUGGCACCAGAGAUGCAGGCGAUGAUGCAGCAGAUGAUGGCGAGUGGGAUGGAUCCGAGCCAGAUGGGCGAUAUGAGUGGCAUGUUCCAGGGUGGGCAGCAACCUGGUGGUCAUGGUGGGCAGCAAGGUCAAGGAGGGUUUGGUCAGGGUGGGUUUGGGGGGAAUCAAGGGCAGGGUUAUGGAUAUGACCAGCAGAUGGGUGGUGGGAGAGGGAGGGGAAGAAGGGGGAGGUGGUAAAUGUGUGUGUGGUGUGAGUGUACGAUACCCUUAAAAUGGAUUACUGGAUCAGGAUAAUGUUAUGUCAAGGCAAGGAGUUAUAUUGGUACACGUUGUUUCUACAUUCAGACUGUGACGCAUGUUACUACUCGGUGGGACAAGCAUACGGUGGUUUGAUGAACCCCUUUACAUCUGAUCGAUCCAUCAUUAUAGCUCUC